AUGCCCAACGCGAACGCGUUGGCGAGACGAGAGAGACACGAAACAUCAUCAACGACGCGAGGAGGAAAAGGAGGAGGAGGAGGGGGCGGGAAACGCCGUACGUAUUUGAUGGAACAGAUGCAAAAAGGCAACUCAGCGACGGUAGGAGAGCUCUUUUUGAGCGCGGCUUUGGAGGAAAGGACGAGAAAAGAGCUGUUACUGGCGCGAGAUGAGAACGGGAGUUGUUGUUUGCAUUACGCGGUGUACGGAGCGUCCGCGGAGAGCAUGAAGUGUCUGGAGAUGGUGCUUCUCGAAUGCGAGCGACGCGGGGAGCGUCUGGAUAUGGCGGUGAAAGAUUUCGUUGACGGGUCUACGCCGUUGAUUUUAAGCGCGUUUACGAACGAUACGUUUGUCAUCGAAAAGACGUUAGAGCUUACGCGUUUAAACGGGCAACAGGAUGAGGUGUUGUAUGAGAGGGAUAACGGGAAAGCGACUAUCGCGGGGCACUUGGCACAAAGAGCGAGGGGAAAUGAAGGAAUGAAGAACGUUUUGGCGAAAGUCAUCGCGUAUGCCGGUCCAGGCGGGUGUGGCAAAUUGAAAAGGGGCGAGAAGGCGUACUUGAUGAAGAAGAAGGAGUUGACUGGGCAACUGAGUGAGUUAGAUUGCGAUGAUUUAGUUUUCAUAAUCAAUUAUUGGAGAUUAGGAAACUUGUUGAACGCCUCGGCGAUGACGGAGAAGAAGAAAUUGAUCGAAAUUAUUUUGAUGGCGACGCCGUGA